GUAAAUCUCUGGCAGAUCCCGCUGUCAACAUGUCACAAGUGAUAACUUAAUAGUGAUUACACUUGAAAAAUAUAUAUAUUCGUUAAAACAGACCCGCAAGGGUAAAUGGGGUAUCGGUUGUUGCGCAAGGUGGUGGAGGUAAGCACGCGAUGUCCGAUAAGAAGGAGGAGUUCUCGUGCGAGAUGUACAGCAACAAGUUUUUCCUGCUGUGCUUAGCGGGCGGCGCGGUCGCGUGCGGCUCCACGCACACGCUGCUCACGCCACUCGACCUCGUCAAGUGCCGGCUGCAGGUCGACCCCGCCAAGUACAAGUCCAUCUUCCGCGGCUUCUACAAGUUCGCGCUUAUGACAGGUGAGGAAAAUGCGUACCUCUAUCGCACCUACCUCUACCUCGCCGCCGCUGCCUCCGCGGAGUUCUGUGCCGACGUCUUCCUCUCGCCCUUCGAGGCGACUAAGGUGCGCAUCCAGACGACGCCGGGCUACACAUCCAAGAUGCUCGUUGCCAUGCCGCACAUGAUGUCCACGGAGGGCAUAGGCGUGUUCUACAAGGGGCUGGUGCCGCUCUGGGCGCGUCAGAUCCCUUACACGAUGAUGAAAUUCUCCUCCUUCGAGAAGACGAUCGAGAUGCUGUACGAGCACUUUGUACCGAAGCCGCGGAGCCAGUGCACCAAAGAGGAGCAGCUGGUGGUGACGUUUACAGCAGGCUACAUAGCGGGCGUGCUGUGCGCUAUCGUGUCGCAUCCAGCGGACACGCUCGUCUCCAAGCUGAAUAAGGAGCCGGGUGCUUCGAUAGGUGGGCUGGUGGCCGAGCUUGGCUUCUUUGGUAUCUGGCGCGGUCUGGUGGCGCGCAUCAUCAUGAUCGGCACGCUCACGGGGCUGCAGUGGUUCAUUUACGACGGAUUCAAGGUGUUCACGGCAAUGCCGCGCCCACCGCCGCCAGACAUGCCGCUCUCGCUCAAGAAGAAGUUAGCAGGUAAAAAGUAAUUAAGUCCUCUGUUGUCUUUUAUUUAUCAUCGGUUAAAAUAAACCAUCGUUUUUUGUUUAAACUGUAUAAAACAGAAGUAAAGAACUGUAUUUUUUA